AACAUAGAAACAAGAGACCAAAAAGAAAAUCAAGAUCAGCACCAGUCUAGCUAAGAGAAACAAAUAUGGGCAGUGAACUCAAAUAUUUAGCCGUUUUAGCCAUAACUGUGGCUGCUUUCCUUCACUCCACGGCAGCACAAGAAACCCACAUCGUCGGAGAUGAAUUCGGAUGGAUAGUUCCUCCCGGAGGUCAUUACGCUUAUGAAUUGUGGGCUUCUGGGCACAAAUUCUCCGUUGGUGACAUUCUUGAGUUCAAGUUCACAACUGGUGAACAAGACGUGGCCAAGGUUACAAAGGAAGCUUUCGACAGCUGCAAUUCAACAAGCCCCAUCGAGCUUAAAACAACUGGUCCGGCCAAUUUUUCAUUAAAUACGAUUGGGGAAUACUAUUUCAUUGGAACCAUGGACAAGCGCUGCGAGUUGGGACAGAAGCUAGCCAUCAACGUGACUGCAAAUUCUGGUGGCCCUUCAGCUUCCCCUGCUCCUGCUCCUACUGCUAGAGGUCCAGUGACUUACAUCGUUGGUGAACAAUUGGGUUGGUUUGUGCCCGGUCAAUAUGCUUAUUCUGCUUGGGCCAACGGAAAAACUUUCAUCGUUGGAGACACGCUAGUUUUCAACUUCAUCAAUGAGACACAAGAUGUAGCUGUAGUGACCAAAGCUGCUUUCGACAACUGUACCACCAAUAGCACCAUUGCUGUAUAUACAGAUAGUCCGGUGUAUAUCGUCCUCAACACCACCGGUGAACACUACUUCACAUCCACCUACGAUCGCCACUGCGAAUUGGGUCAGAAGCUAGCGAUUAACGUGAUCGCCAAGAGCACGAAAACGGCCACGUCUCCCUCAAGCCCCACAACUCCUUCCUCACAGGCUCCGUCAGCUCAUUCACCGGCUGCUUCUGCUCCAUUAAACUCUGCAGCCCCUUCCACCAUUAUUGGCAGAGGCUACUUCUUCACCUUCUUGCUCGUUGGAAUGGCUUUCUUCCAUUGAUUGUAUUCACUAGUUAAUCUAAAGCUUGAUAUUGUUUGUUUGUAAUCAUUCAGUUCACUACAGUACAUACCCGAGGCUGUAUUAGUUUAUUUAAUUUAUGAACUCCGUUCUUUCAUGUACAUAUAUAUGGAUUUCAGACAAAGCUAUAUUUUAUCGUCCAAUAGUUCAUCUUUGUAGUUAACAACCAUUG